UCCCGUGAUUGGUGCCUGGCUCCCUUUUCUGCCCCCGCAGAGCCAGAGCCAGUGGAAGCCAAACAGACCGGGUGGGCUGCAGUCCCCGGCAGGGCAGCAGAGGAAGAGGUGGACUGUCACUUCCAGGAGGGGUCACGCCUGCCCCUUCCGUCGCCCUGUCACCCUCAAGAGUCGCCGUGGGGUUAGGAGGCGGUUUGGUCUCUGCCUUGUGUGGACGUUACUUGUUCUGCACGCUCAGCUCUUCAGUGUGGAUGGCAGAAGUCAGGGAACAGGUGCAGGGAUUCCCCGGUGAAGACGGAUGCCCACAGCCUGCCAGCCUGCACGUUGAAGAUUCUGUCGCAGCGUCCUUGGGCUCACGAAAGCUGCUCCAGUUCCAAGAUGCUGUGCACCCCACCUGCUCUGAAUGGGACCCCCAGUGUGGGAAGCACUCCCACCAGGUAAGGAAGGGGAGGGGAGGGGAGACCGGCCUUGACCAUGGUGUUCCUCUGAGUUCCCUGCUCCAUCCUUCCCCCACCUGGCUCACCCCCAUAUCUCCCAUCAGGAGCCCAAGCCACAAACCACCCAGGCCCAACACAGGUGGGUCUGUGGCCACCAGGGGCUCAGUUACCCAGGGGGGCAGGGGAGGAGGCAUCCAGGGAUCCCAGAUGCCCAGCCCUUGGACAGAGACACCCUCAUACCCUGCCAGCUGCCCCUACGCACACGCUCAGCCCCUCACCCCACAGCCUGGUGGGCCUGCCUCAACCCGGAGACACACGCAGGGCCUCGCUCACAUGCACAGAGGAGAGGAACAGGGUGACCCCACAGCCGGGAACAGACGUCAGGAUGGGAGAGGAAUGUCACUUAGUGCCAGGCCGGGAGCACCCACCAAUCUGCUCCCUGCAGCCCUGGCGCCCAACUGGACACCUCUCAUAGGCACUGCCCUGGCUGCCUCUGCCCCUCCCCUACCCCGGACCCAGCCAGCAGGCUGUGGCUUCAGUGUGAGGUUAGGCAGAGCCCCCAUCCCCCACAGCUGCAGUGGCCGAACACACAGAGGGAACAGGUGGUUCCUGGACAUGGCCAGGGGACGUCUCGGGCCCCAGAGCCUGUGCAGCUCCAAGGGACUCAGGAGGAGGAACUGGGACCUUAAGAGCCUGAGGGAGGGGCGUCCCGGGAGAGAAGGGAUGAGCGGGGACAAGGGGGAGGAGCAUGGGGCCCUCAUCCUCACAGGCAGGUGACAAGGGCUCCCACAUGGCUUCAGGUCAUUCUCCCCACAGCCCUGGGCACUCGUGCUGCCCCCACCUUUCCGAUGAGAGGAUGUGGCGGAGCCGAGUCAUCAGGGCAGGGGCAGGAUUCCCAGCAGGCCUCUCUGCCUGCGAACCACGAGAUCUUCCUCGUGCCUUAGGCGACACAGCAGAAAACAACUGGCAGUUCCAGGGCCCGUCAGGCAGAUGUGGGGCUCGGGCCGGGCCAUGAGCUCCAGGAAGGGCCCUGGACUACGAAUGUGGGGACAGAGGCUUCGAUCCAGGCAUUGCACUUCUGAGAUGCCUGGCCAUGGGCGUCUCUCAGCCUCAGUUUUCUCAUCUGUACAAUGGGAGGGCUGACCCCUCAGUUGAUGGUGUGAGGGUUCACAUGAGACCUUGAAGCUGGCACACCUACAAACGCGGGCCGAGGCAGCCUCGGGGCCGGGCUGGGCUCUGAGCCCUCUUCUUUGGCUCCCCUUUACCUGGGCCCUCACUCCUGACCUGCUUUGUGCAUCCAUCCACCCACCCUUCCACCCAGCCAUUCAAGAGACACACUCACUGUGGGCACAGCUGCUCCCCGCUGGGCCCUGCGGGGAAACCCCCCAAGGAACAAGAUGCUGUCGCUGAGGCCCAAAGCCCCACCCAGACCAGCAAGAGCGGCCGCUGGCGGAGGAAGACUGGACAUGGGGGAACUUGAUGGCCGCCAGCCUAAGACAAAGCCUGGCGGCACCUCCGGGAGCCUCUCCACAUCAGGCCCCCCAGCUUUGAGCACGGCCUGCAGCCCAGCCCUGGGAGCGCCCCAGGGGCAGCCCAGCCCUGGCCACACAGCCCUGUGCUGGAGGAGGCUCCCCCCUGCCCCCAGCUUUUCUCCUGUCCCCACCCCCACACUCACACCCCCCUCCCCCUGCGGCCCCCGCCUCCUGUCACCUGCGCUUCCCACAGAGGCGGGGGGGGGGGCAGGGAGGGGCCACCGCGCAGGGACCCAGGGAAGGGGUCUUCUUCGGCUGCUGUCAGUCUCCCGACGAGUGAGGGAAGCGCAGCUGGCAAUGCAGAGGGGCCCCGCCUCCUCCUGGCAGCCCCAGUGGGAACCUGUGAGCCGUGCAGAGGCCCUGGGCCAGACCCUCGCUGCUGUGCAGGUGCCGCAGCCUGGAAGGUGCAGCCCCACCCCACCCCACCCCUACCCCGCCCUCGGCACCUGCCGGGCCCUGCACAUCACUCUCCUUGCCUCCUCCCAGCCUGCCCCAGCAAGGUCGUGCUCCACUUCCCAGGUGAGCCACGGAGCCCUCCAGGUACAGUCACGGCCCAGCCAGGCGGCACGCGGGACAGACCACUCCCACCCAGGACCUGGGCCCGCAGGGUCCACAGUCCUCCGUGCUGUCUUGGGGCCCCUAGAUGCUCCCCCUCCCCUGGCCCCAGCUGUAGCUAGCUCUGGCCUGCCCACAGGAACACAAGAGGGUGGGGCACAGUCAGAGGCCUCCCUGGGGCUCCUGCUCGGCCCCCACCCCACCCCCACCUGAGGUCUCCGCUGCCACCCCCUGGUCCAGCAAAGCCUCUGCACAGGGAUGCACCCAGCCAGGCCCUCAAAGGCAUCUCAGAGCCUGGGGCAGGAUCUGAGGAUACCACGGUCUCUGGGGACACCCUCCCCUGUGGCCCCGUCCCUUGCAAGGAAUCACCACCACCUCCAGAGGCCUUUGUUAGGAGUAGGAAGGGAGUUAGCCGGAUUCGAGUAGGUGCUGAAGGCGCCACAAGUGAUCAGAGCUAGCCCAGAAUCACCGCGACCCACAGCGGCUGAACCCCAUCCCCCAGCCAGGCCCGGCCGCCCCAUUCAUGGGCUGAUGGUGCCACCCUGUGGCCAGAAGCCUCUAUGACAGCCCCAAGGCUUGCAAUUCCAAUCCCACUGAGAUCCCAUCAUUCCACAGCCACCAUCACCUCGCUGAAAAGUACAUCAAAUUGUGCACCUGAACCACAGACAGUAACAAUCAACCAACUUUUCAGGGCUUGAUGCCAUAGUCCCAAGGCCAAGGCAAUCCUGGAGAUCAUCUUGGGCCCAUUUCACAGAUAGAGAAACAAGCUCAAAAACCCUCACGCCAGCAGCAGCAAAGAUCACUGGCUACAGGAGGCCCCUGGAUCCCAACAGGCCUGGCUUCCUCCCCCGGCUCCACCUGGCAUGAUUUGGGUGAGUCGCUUCCUGUCUCUGAGCCUCGAUGUGCCAUCUGUAAAAUGGGACUGAUGCCAUUUCGAUUUCACCUGCACUUGUCAACAAUGAAGUGACAGCCAGACUGGUCACUGUCGCUAGGUAGGAACGCCGCUCCGUCCCACUCAGGCCUCGCGCCCCACCGUGCACUGGCUCGAAUCUAGUCUGCAAUGACAGAUGUAGCCAGGGCCAUGCUGGGCUCCCUAGGGCGACAGCCAGUGUCCCCCCGCACCUGCUCCAGCCCACAUCCUGCUCCGGUGGCUGUCCUCAGCCCUCCUCCAUGGGCAGUCCUCCCUGCAUUCAUAUGACCCCCACCACCACUCUCAUUGUCAGGCUCCCCAGAGCAGAUAAAGGGCAGCAAAAGCCAUGGUGCUCCCUGCUGGAUGAAACAGUGGCUGCAGCUUCCGGUCCCCCGUCCCAAGCACGGGACUCCUUUGUAGCGUUGCCUCCUCUUGGCAGUGCACUGUCACACACUGUGUUAGAGGGCUCAGCUGCCUCUGGGGUGGGGAGCACCUGACUCACGAGUCGGCGAGAGCAGCUCUGGGCCCAGCUCUGUCACCCACCAGCCACGGCGCACCCAGCAGGCUCCUGCAACCCUCUCCACCCUGGUCUCCUCAUCUGUGGAUCGGAAGGAUGAGCACAUGCUGGGCGUGGCGAGAAGUGAUCCGGCUGAGGCCUGGUCUGCAUACAGUAGGUGCUCAGUAAGCAUGGACCCUUAGCCUGGCAGCUGCUUUGGCCUCAACAUUUCCAUCUCUUUCCAGUUUGCGCCCCUAUUCGGGCCUUGCCUGCACCCUUGCCCCCCAAGUCCAUCCUCCAUCAUAACCACAGAAAUGGAGGAGCCCGCCUUAGAGCACAGAGUCCGGCCUCUGAAAUCCCGAGUUCAAAUCCUGCUUGAGCCCCUACUCGCUGCUCAGUCUGGGCCAAGUUAGCAGAACUAUCAGAACGUCGGGGCCCCCGAGGGAGCAGGGACAGCCACGUGCAGCCAGCACGUCACCCAGGGCCAACAGAGGGCCACUGGGCAGGCGCUUGCACUACGGCUGCAUCCCUGCCACACUGGGAAGCCCAGAGUGUGUUCCUGGCCCCAGCUGCAGCCUGGCCCAGCCCCAGCUGCUGCAGCCAUUUUGGGAAUGAACCAACAGGUGGAAGCUCGCUCUCUCGCUCUCUCUCUCUCUCUCUCUCUCUAGCUUAUUUGAUAAUUGAUUAUUAAAUAAACGGCUGCUCUGGUUU